AACCAGAGACCACAUAACCCACAAUUUUUGUGCUCCAACCCACCUCCCAUACAUUUAGUGGAACCUUACAUAAUAAGUCAUUUCAUAAUCAUCUUAUCAAAAAGUCAAUAGUUUUGUAUAGUAUAUAUAGAACCACCAAAUCAUUUCGGUGUCAGCUCACAUUACCACUGUUACAAGAUGUCAAUCCCUGGAGUGCUCGAGACUCUACAAAGUUUCACAUUGGAUGAAGGUCGUUUAACAUUUGAUGUUUCAAAAACCAAAUAUGGAAUCUGUGGUAUUCUAUGCGAGAAAAGAUGGAACAAAGAGAAAACAGAAAGCUUCUGGGCACUACUUUAUUGUUCACCAGCGCAAUGGCGUACAAUUCAGGAUCUUGCAGGAAACGUUGAUGAAUGCUUAUUAAAUAAAGACUAUUCUAGGGAGUUUGUGAUCACCAACGGAAAGUUGCUAGGCCUGUCCUCUUCAAAUGAUUCCCAGUUUGUGCGUUUCAUAGUUACUACAGACGACGGAGAACUUGAUGCAAGAAAGUCGAUUACAAUCACGGCAGAAGCCUGGGGUGUAUUGAAAUCUCAUGCCACGGCGAUUACCGAUUUACUCCCGCAAAAGAGAAAAUAUUUCUCUGAUGAAGUUGCACGAAAGCAAAACCAAGCGGCACGAUUAUCUCCUCGAUACAGAUACAUCUGUACCAGAAUGGAUGGACAGUUACUCGGGGUUUGGCAUUUCCUAAGAUCCCAUGCAAUACGCGAUAUGCAGACGAAUAAUGUGAAAGGUCCUACUACCCAGAUACAAAAGCAGUGUGUACAAAUGCCUUCCAAUGAAACUAUAUUACGACGCUGUUUCGUACGUCUACUCUGCGAUCGCAUAAAUCAACUAGCGAACGACAAACCAGAAUGUGAGGGCUGUAUAAUUGAUCAUCCGAGUCAAGUUCAGCACAUGGGACCAGGCGGAUGCCUAGAGGAGGUUGAUUUUGAUCACGGAACUGCUUUGGAAAUGUUAUCAAACAAUGAUGUGUUCGAAGUCUACAAAAAGCUACAAAACCACUUGGGGCUUCACGAGGACAUCAACAAAUCUUGGGUGCAAAUAAACAUUAAUGGAUUUCGAAAACUAGAUUUAUCUGAGGAGGUUGAAGCAUGCCUUCAUUACACACCCGUUGGAGGGAAUGAUGAUACUCGUGAAUCAGUUAACAAUAGUUUAAAUGCUGCUAUAGACUAUUUCCAGAAAAAAAACGUGAAUUUAUAGACUUUCGAUGAAAAUAUUGUCUGAACUCUAAAUACUGCUGUUCAUAACUUUCAGCAAAUUAAUGAAUAUAAUACACACAGUGUAGAUAUUUUUAAAACCUAAGUAAAUAAAGCUUGUA